AUGAGUGUUCACAGGGUGCUACUUGGAAAUCUUGGACAUGAGUCAAAGUUUGGAAAGCAGCACAUAGACAACCUCUUCAGUGACCUGCAGGAUGGGAAACGCCUCCUAGACCUCCUGGAAGGCCUGACAGGACAAAAACUGCCCAAAGAAAAAGGAUCUACAAGAGUCCAUGCUCUGAACAAUGUCAACAAGGCGCUGCAGGUCUUACAAAAAAAUAAUGUUGACUUAGUGAAUAUAGGAAGCUCUGACAUAGUGGAUGGAAAUCAUAAGCUGACUCUUGUUUUGAUUUGGAAUAUCAUCCUCCACUGGCAGGUAAAAAAUGUGAUGAAAACCAUCAUGGCUGGAUUGCAGCAAACCAACAGUGAAAAGAUUCUUCUGAGCUGGGUUCGACAAUCAACACGUAAUUAUCCACAGGUUAAUGCCACCAAUUUCACAUCCAGUUGGUCUGAUGGCCUAGCUUUGAAUGCACUUAUCCAUAGUCACAGAAUGUUUGAAGAUCUUCCCAGUGCAGACUUUGAAGGAAUCUUGGAAUAUUCAUACACUCCGUUAGCAUAG